AGCUUGGCUAUCACUUAUAUUUAGUACAACCCACUCAAAUUUCAAAGACAAAUUUCAGCUGACGUGAAUCGAGCUCACUUGAGGUACUUAGUCGAUCUGCAGCAAGAGCCAACCACAGUCACCUCAAAAUGAAUCCAAAGCUGUGGCUGACUAUCAUGUUUCUGAUUUCCCGGAUUGGUAUACUUGACGCUACUGGUCAGUGUCUUGAGCAGGAACGAUCGAUUGGUGGAAUGUACCUCAGAGGUCACACGUUUAAAGUGUAUCAGGUUGGUUUGCCUGUGGAGUGUUAUUUCCGGUGUGAGGAAGAAGUCACGUGUCAGAGUUACAAUGUGGUAGCUGGCAAAAACGUCUGCGAACUGAGCAAUCGUACAAAGGAAGCAACACCAGAAGAUUUUAUUCCAGAUCAGGAGAGAUUUUACAUGAAACGUUCUAGAAACAGAGUUCCCCUCGGAUCCAUCGAAGAACUUCCAGCUGAUACAUGCAGUGAGAUAAAAGCGAGUGAAGGCGACGAGAUGGCUGACGGAAAAUACUGGAUCUACUCCGAAGAGAAUAGCAAGGUCAUCCAGGCUUAUUGUAAAGAGAGCUGGCAAAAGAUAAAUGGUGAAAAACCCGUCUGCUUUGGAGCCAAAGAUAAUCAUUAUGGCUCCUUCAAUAUGACAAAGAGUGGACGAGUGGAGACAAUGAAGCUUAUUCACAGAUCAGGGUCGGUGCGCUGCAACCAUGUUACUAGUGCAUCCUACUGGGCCUGCACUUAUAAAGAAUAUGGAGAAAAUUUGAUGACAAUCAUCACAGAUGCCGAUAAGAAACCUGUCUUUCCACCUGCCGAAGAUUUCAAUAAGGAUUCCUACAGUCUUCCUGGAUAUCACCAUAAUUCAACUGAGCUGGUUUUUCGUCGCCUCGUCACUCCGUUGUCUGUUAUGAGCAACCAAGAGAUGCAGAUAUGGUACGGGCAGGAUUGGAAAGACACUUCAGAGGAAAACAACAGUGGUAAAGUUUGUGCUGACAUAUUUGCAUGGUACGCUUGAGUCUUCCCUUAUGGAGAACGUCUUUUCGUUGAUUUAAAAAUGUAAAAGGAAAAUGUUAGAUAACAAAUAAAACAAGAACCCAAGUAACAUUUUUAGAAAGACAAGCGUCAGUAUUGAGAUAAAGGGUUAAUCAUAGUAUAGGUUUGUUUCAAUGUCUGGGGACUGCUAUGUCCUUACUCUCUAUCCGUGGUAAUAGAGAAAGACAGUUGGGAUGAGAAUGUCUUUUUCUUUUUAAGUAUCGCUCAGGAACAUCCGUUUAGGUGUGAUAGUUU